AGAGAGAAAACACAACACAGUUAAUGGAGAAGUUUCUGGAGACGAAUCCCACCAAAAAUAUCUACCCAAACUCCGAUCACAGCCGUUGAUCCUCAACCCCGCGUCCUUAUCUGAGAGCCCGCCUCGCGUUUUCUUUCUUUUCUUGAACAAUUUUUUGUAUUAUUGAAUGUUCAAAUUCCUUCUUUCUUUCACUAUUAAACUCUCUGCGUGUAAGCUUACUUAAAAACUCGGUUCUGGAGGUUUCUGAGGAGAGGGUUGUGUUCAUCUCUCUCUCUCUCAAACUCUGAGGUUACGUGAUGUAGCAGUCUUGAUAGGCUUAUUAUAUUUAUAUAGUUCAACUAGUUUUACGUAUUGUAUACAUAUAUAUGUAUGUAUGUAGUGUCGUGGAAGGUUGGUUUGUUCAGCUUGGAGGAAUAGCUGUUGUAAUUUGUCGACAAGAUUGAGUUUUUCUGUAAGGAAUAUAUUGUGGGGUUGAGGAAUGGCAGCUGAGGAAGAGAAAAGCAAUGAUUUUUAUGCUGUUUUGGGGUUGAAGAAGGAAUGCACGACAGCUGAGCUGAGGAAUGCGUACAAGAAACUUGCCAUGAAAUGGCACCCGGAUCGCUGCUCUGCUUCUGGGAAUUCCAAUUAUGUGGAGGAGGCAAAGAAAAAAUUUCAAGCCAUUCAGCAAGCCUAUUCUGUGCUUUCCGAUGCCAACAAAAGGUUUCUGUACGACGUAGGGGUCUACGACUGUGACGACGAUGAUGAUGAAAAUGGAAUGGGAGAUUUCUUGAACGAAAUGGCAGCAAUGAUGUGCAAAAAUAAAUUGAAUGAAAGCAGCAAUGAAAGUUUCGAAGAACUACAACAACUCUUUGAGGAGAUAUUCCAUAGCGACUCUGACACAUUUGGUUCUUCUUCUCGUUCAGCGACCCCACCUACCCGUAUGUCGUCCCAAGAUUCUUGCAAUGACACAUAUAGCGUCUCGAACAAGAGGAACUCCUCUGACAUGAUCUCUGGCAACUUCACCAUUGAAGCUACACACUGCAAAGGGUUUUGCAUUGGGGCAGCACAUCAGGGAAACGUCAGGGUGGGGAGAGCAACCGAAGAAAGAAUACAAGGGCAGGCCGCAGGUAGCAGGAGGGAGGACAGGAAGCAAGAGAUUUCAUCUGGCCAAUAUGUCUCAUCCAACGGAUACUCUACAAUAUCUGCCUAGACGUGAUUCACAUUGCUGGUUUAGUGGGAAAAGCAUUACCGUAAGCUCCAACAUUAGCCUAAUUCAGCUUGUAGAUGCCUAAACCAAGAUGCAAUAUUACACUAGGAUAGCUGAUUCAGGUGGGUUCUCUAUGAAAUGAUCGGUCGAUGUGCUGCACCAUUGUAGCGGCUGUCCAAGGUCAUCUUAUUAGCUGAUUUGAGUGUCUUUUGUGAUUUUCUAUUAGUUCUUGUAAGAUUGGGUAAAAGCUUCAGGAGUAUAACAUUUCAGAUUCACAUUCAUUUGUACUUAAGCUCCAAGGGAAGUGCACAUUCUUUUCACUUUACUGCCUAAUUAUCAGUAACCAAUCUAUAUUAUUUAUUUAGAUA